AAUGUUGGAGCCUAAUCUACAUGCUCCGUGAAAGGAAGAAAGAGAAAGGGGAACGGAAAGGAAGAAGGCGCAGCCGUAUACGCGCAAUUGGGAUUGCAAUUUGCAAUUUGUAAUUAUAUGAUCACGAUGGCUAAAAGUCUCGCUCACUUUAAACUUCAUCCAACUUCCAAAUCAUUUCCCCUCUUUUUCUCUAUCUUUUCCUCAACAAUUUCUUGCUCCUCCGGAUUUUCUGCUCUUCCAAUCUUGUUUCAGUUUACGAAUGCGUUUCUUCUAAUUUCUUGCAGCGCUCGGAUGAACACCAAUUAGUUUAUAUUCUCAUUGUUUUAACUGGGUCAUCGCGGGUGUUGACGCCCCAUUUCGAUUUCAUUUUCGUCUACCUUUUCGAACAUUUCACUUUCUUUCAUUAAUUGCCACGCUGAUUCUCUGUUUCCGUUUCCAAUUUAUCUCUAAGAGUAGAAUUCUAUGUGUUCUGGGUAUAAGAAUAUGAAGCUUACUGUUCGUGUAAUAGAGGCGCGGAAUUUACCAGCGACGGAUCUAAAUGGAUUUAGUGACCCCUACGUUCGGUUGCAGCUUGGUAGGCAGAAGUUUAGGACCAAGGUGGUUAAGAAGACGCUGAAUCCAAGUUGGGGGGAAGAGUUUAGCUUCCGGGUGGAUGAUCUUGACGAGGAGCUAUUGAUUUCUGUCUUGGAUGAAGAUAGGUAUUUCAAUGAUGAUUUUGUUGGACAGGUUAAGAUACCCAUUUCGCGGGCUUUUAAUUCUGAUAAUGGGUCGCUUGGUACUACUUGGCAUUCUAUUCAACCUAAAAACAAAAAGUUCAAGCAGAAGGAUUGUGGUGAAAUCCUUCUUGCUAUAUGUUUUUCUCAAACCAAAGCAUUUGUAGACUUCAAUUCUAAUGGUGGUGUAUCUUAUCCAAAGACUUCCACUGAUGAAAUAAUGGGUUCGCCGUCGAGGUCUCAUAGUGGCAAAUCUAGCUCACCAUCUCCAGUGAGGCAAAGAGAAAGUUCGUUGAAGGAACAUAGAUCUUUUCAACAGAAGACCUUUGCUGGUCGUCUUGCUCAAAUGUUUCAUAAAAAUUUAGAUUCUGCUUCACUCAUUUCGUCUCGAGCUACUGACCUAUCAGAGAUAUCUGAAAUCCCUGCUUCUGAAGUUUUGGAAGUCAAUUCAGAAGAGCAAUCCUCUAUGGCCACAUUUGAAGAAGCAAUAAAAGUAUUGGAGUCAAAAGAUCAAGAAACUGAAACCCCAUUGAAUUUUCCAGGAAUAAUGGUUGAUCAAUUGUAUGCCAUUGCACCAUCUGACCUCAAUUCUCUACUCUUUUCAUCAGAUUCAAGCUUUCUAUCAUCUUUGGCUGACCUUCAGGGGACUACAGAACUGCAACUUGGAAAUUGGAAGUUUGAGAAUGGUGGUGAAAGCUUAAAGAGAACAGUAUCAUAUCUUAAGGCUCCAACAAAACUAAUCAAAGCUGUCAAAGCAUUUGAGGAACAAACGUACUUAAAAGCUGAUGGAAAUGUUUAUGCAGUUCUAGCUAUUGUAAGCACUCCAGAUGUAAUGUAUGGGAACACAUUCAAAGUAGAGAUACUUUACUGCAUAACGCCUGGUCCUGAGCUUCCAUCAGAAGAAAAAUCUUCACGACUGGUUGUUUCAUGGCGAAUGAAUUUUCUGCAGAGCACUAUGAUGAAAGGAAUGAUUGAGAAUGGAGCCAGGCAAGGUAUAAAGGACAAUUUUGAUCAGUAUGCUAGCUUGUUAUCUCAGACUGUUCCUCCAGUUGAUCAAAAGACUAUUGGAUCAAACAAGGAACAGGUUUUGGCGUCUUUGCAGGCACCGCCACCACAGUCAACCUUUAAACUUGCUGUCCAAUAUUUUGCUAAUUGUACUGUUGUGUUCACUACUUUUAUGGCUUUGUACGUGCUUGUACAUAUUUGGCUGGCUGCACCUAGCACAAUUCAGGGGCUUGAAUUUGUAGGGCUCGACCUACCUGAUUCAAUAGGCGAAUUUAUUGUGUGUGGUGUCCUAGUUCUGCAGGGUGAACGUGUUUGGGGGAUGAUUUCACGCUUCAUGCGAGCCAGACUGCGAAAAGGGAGUGAUCAUGGAGUCAAAGCACAGGGAGAUGGAUGGUUGCUUACUGUUGCUCUAAUUGAAGGGUGUAGCUUAGCCGCAGUUGAUUCAAGUGGAUUAUCUGACCCAUAUGUGGUUUUUACAUGUAAUGGAAAAACAAAAAACAGCUCAAUCAAGUUCCAAAAAUCUGAUCCUCAAUGGAAUGAAAUUUUUGAAUUUGAUGCAAUGGAUGAACCUCCCUCCGUGUUGGGUGUUGAAGUUUAUGAUUUCGAUGGGCCUUUUGAUGAGGCUACAUCUUUGGGAUAUGCUGAGAUUAAUUUCCUCAAGACUAGUAUAUCAGAUUUGGCUGACAUUUGGGUACCCCUUCAGGGGAAGUUGGCUCAAACAUGCCAAUCCAAAUUGCACGUGAGAGUUUUCUUGGAUAAUACCAGAGGCAGCAAUGUUAAUAUUGCUAAAGAGUAUUUAAGUAAAAUGGAAAAAGAGGUUGGGAAAAAGCUCAAUUUGCGUUCUCCUCAGUCGAAUUCAGCCUUUCAGAAACUAUUUGGGCUUCCAGCUGAAGAAUUUCUUAUUAAUGACUUUACGUGUCAUUUGAAACGUAAAAUGCCAAUUCAGGGGCGCAUCUUUCUGUCAGCUAGAGUCAUAGGUUUCCAUGCAAAUAUAUUUGGGCACAAGACCAAAUUCUUUUUCCUGUGGGAGGACAUUGAGGAUAUUCAAGUUGUUGCUCCUACUCUUUCAUCAAUGGGCAGUCCAAUUAUUGUUAUCACUCUCCGAGCGGGUAGAGGUAUGGAUGCAAGGAGCGGUGCAAAGACACUAGAUGAGGAAGGCAGACUGAAGUUUCAUUUCCAUUCCUUUGUAUCCUUUGGUGUAGCACAGAGGACAAUCAUGGCUCUGUGGAAGGCCAAAUCUUUGAGUCCAGAGCAGAAAGUUCGAAUAGUCGAAGAAGAAUCUUCUGAAGCUAAAGGCUGCUUACAAUCUGAAGAGAGUGGAUCAUUUUUGGGCCUCACUGAAGUCAGUAUGUCUGAGGUUCUCUCUUCCACACUUUCUGUUCCUACCAGCGUUGCUAUGGAGCUAUUUAAUGGGGCUGAGUUGGAGCGCAAAGUUAUGGAGAAAGCUGGUUGCCUUAAUUAUUCAUUUACUCCAUGGGAAUCAGAGAAGGAGAAUGUUUAUGAGAGGCAAAUAUAUUAUAUUUUUGACAAACGUAUCUCCCACUACAGAGUGGAAGUGACAAGUACACAGCAAAGAUACUCACUCCCCAAUAAAAAUGGUUGGCUCGUUGAAGAAGUCUUGACUCUUCAUGGAGUUCCCCUUGGCGACUAUUUCAAUGUUCACCUUAGAUAUCAAAUUGAGGAUUUACCUUCUAAGUUGAAGGGAUGUAGCGUACUAGUAUCUUUUGGAAUGGCCUGGCAGAAAAGCACUAAGAAUCAGAAAAGGAUUACAAAAAACAUCCAAAAAAAUCUACAAGAUCGUCUGAAAGCGACUUUUGAACUCGUUGAGAAUGAAUCUGCAGCAAAAUAGUGCUUCGAUUUAAUGUUCGUGGAGAUGAUUUAUACGUGCGCAAGGGAGAGCUGGUGCUUUGAUGCUGGGUGAUAUUCUGCUUCCCUUUUCAGCUAAACGUCUAGCUGAUUCAAGCUUGAUUGGCUAGCACGUAUUGAAAUCUUUACCUGCUUCAUAUGAUUGGUUGGAGGACUCUGAGGUGAAUGCUUAAAUUUGAUGGAAUGGAGAUUGCUUUGACCUUUGGAAACCUGGUGUUUUUUAUCUCAGUAAGCUGGAAGUUUGUGCUACGUUUGCAUACAGUUGCUGCGUUGAAACUCAGAAGCCCCUUGGAGAGUUGUUAUCAGUGCUUCCCCUCUCGAUGAGGAUGGCAUAGGUAAAAUACUUAGUCUCGACGUGGCCAUGGUCACAUUCUUUGUUCAUUAGUUUAUACCCUUAGGUUGUUUGUAAUCAUUCAUUGAUAGGCAGGAUCUACUAGCAGGUAUUAUUAGUGAUGGCGAAUCAUCACGUAGAAGUCUCUUGGUUGUUUUACGGUGCAUGAGACAUAAAUGCUGAUUCAUUGUACAUUGUAAACCAAGUAACGGUAUGUUUUUAGUUCAAUUUUUUGAUUGAUCUAAGACCGAGCCAUUUCUAGGGAUAAGGACUGGUGACUUUUUCGAUUUUUGGAAUAUAAAGGUUUCAGGAGGUUAGUGUCA